CCCACGUUGUCUUCUGUUCACACGUGACAUCACUUCCUGUGCAGAGCUUCCAGAGGUGUUCCUCCUCCAGAAGACGCCAUCCUCUCCAGUCACCUGCAUGGCGACAGGUUUCUACCCCGACUUAGCCGACCUGUUUUGGAGGAAAGACGGCGAGCAGAUCUUCGAGGACGUGGAGCACGGAGAGCUGCUCCCCAACCACGACGGAACCUUCCAGAUGUCGGUGGAGCUGAAAGUGGAGGUGACGGCCGAGGUGGAGGGCAAGUACGAAUGUGUGUUCCAGCUGUCUGGCGUCAAGGAGGACCUGGUCACCAAGCUGGAGAGAAGAAGCAUCCUGAGCAACGCAAGCCCUCAUUAA